AUGCUAGAGUCUGCCAGAGCUUGCAGCCUGCCAGGUGAGUUGACUUCGGGAUGCCGAGUGACGUUGUAUUUCGACGGCCAUCUUGCAGAGGAGUGCGGACAAGGCUUUUCGGAGGAGGCCAUGGCGACCAGCGCUUUGGAAGCCGUGAAGCGACACUUGGGAGUUGAAGAGCAGCCCUCAGAUGUCAACGUGAAGCUCUGGCACGAUGCCGUGCCUCAAUACAAAGUUGGCCAUCACCAGCUUCUCGAGGACUUCGACUUAGCGCGACGCCGCCACCUGCCUUGGCUUCAGGUCUGCGGCCCCGGAUAUUUCGGAACCCGGAAUGUUGCAGAUGAAGUGAUUGAUGCCCGCAAGUUGACAGACUCGAUUGCACGGCGCUUUGCGCGCUUCCCCUCUCUAAUCGAGAACGAGACAGAAGAGGACACAGCUCAGCGCUCUGAAGUGGCCUGA